AUGGCCCUCACUGCCUGGGCCACUCCCAGACUUUCCCAACUCCUUCCCCUGGACGAAGAGUCACUCGUGCAGAUCAUCGACUACGCUGCCAGUCUGCCCAAGGAUGCUAGCGCCGACCACCUGAAAAACCUCCUGGGCGACUCCCCCGCCGCCCUCGAGUUCAUCGCCUCGUUCAACGCCCGCCGGGACUCCUCUUCACGAAGCGAACCCACACGUACCGAAACGCGGACCAAAAAGAAGAAGGCACCACUUCACAGCACCGGUCCGCCGCGACGACCGGACAACUACGGCGAUGUGGGUGGAGGGUACAAGAAGGCCGAGCAGGAGGAGGACUACAUGUCAUCCUCACAACUCAAGCCAGUGUUUGCUAUGGGAUCCUCAUCACAUGGCUCAUCCGCUUCCUCCUCUCGUGUUCAGUCGCCCAUGCCGGCAAUGAAGGCACCGCCGUCGGCCUCUGGACCGGUGCUCUCCGACAUGCUGCCGAAUGUACGCUCGAAGGCAGGAAAGCCCGCCCGACAGGGAGGCUCGGCCAGUUCCUCCAAGGGCAGCGAUUCGCUCACUACGAACAACAUUUCGGACCUGACGGCCGCCAUCGCGGCAUUAGAGUUGUCCACCAAUCCGACGCUGGACGCGAAGAGGCGGAAAUGCAGUUGCUACGCCACAAUCCACCCGUUAUUUGAUCCCGCACCGAACUGUCUCAAUUGUGGGAAAAUUAUUUGCUCGCUGGAGGGUUUACAACCGUGUUCCUUCUGUGGCACCCCUCUUCUCUCCGCAGAGGAAGUGCAAAGCAUGAUCCGUGAACUACGCGCCGAGCGCGGCCAGGAGAAGAUGCGGGCACAUAAUGAGGGCGUUCAUCACGAGGGCGGCCCACGACCUACUUCUGGGUCUUCGUCACCGAGCAAACUCGAUGCCGCCAAGGCACACCGUGACAGGCUACUUCAAUUCCAAGCGCAGAAUGCUCGUCGGACAAAAGUUGUUGAUGAAGCAGCCGACUUUGAGACACCGAAUGUCGCCUCAACGUUAUGGAUGAGUCCAGCGCAGCGGGCCCUAGCGCUGAAAAAGCAGCAGCGCAUCCAGCGCGAGAUGGAAGACAAGGCUCGUCCGGAGUGGGAGAAGAAGAAGACGGUGAUGAGCUUGGAUAUCAAGGGCGGCAAGGUGCGACGCGUGUAUCAGUCUGCCGCGGCAGAGCCAACACCGGAGCCCAGUGAGCCUGAUCCUUAUGAUGCGGCGGAAGAGGGUCCGGCAGAACCUUCAAGUGGUGGACAUGCGUUCAGCCGGAACCCACUUCUCGCUGCUGGAGGACUAAUGCGUCCUGUCUGGCGUGCGCCGGAAGGUAAACCCCCAGACCAAACGGAACGGACAGAGCGAACACAGACGUGGAGGCGCGUGCAAGACGACAAUGAUGACAACGAGCAGUGGAUUCUUGAUGGUGGGCUGCACGGAUACAACACCUGA